AUGCCCAAGGCCCGGCGGGCGCGGGGCUCCGGCCCGGCGCCGGCGCUGCCCUUGGCCGAGCAGAUCCUGCAGGACGCGGCCCCGCGGCUCCGGGCGCGGGAGAAGCGCGGGCCGGAGGAGCCGGGCGGCGAUGGCGGGGACGGGGACGGGUUCGUGGACGCGCGGCUGUCCCGGCGCAUCCUGGAGCAGGCGCGGCGGCAGCAGGAGGAGCUGGAGGCCGAGCACGGCCCCGGAGCGCCCGCGGCACCCCGAAAGCGCAGCGCGGUUCUCGGUCCCGACCCGGACUCGGAGGAUGAUGAGGAGUGGCCUUCGCUGGAGAAGGCGGCGGCGGCCGCGGGACGGAGCGGGGACUACGGCGGGGAGGUGGAGGUGGACCCCGAGGACGAGAAAGCCAUCGAGAUGUUCAUGAACAAGAACCCGCCCCUGAGGCGCACGCUGGCCGACAUCAUCAUGGAGAAGAUCACGGAGAAGCAGACGGAGGUGGAGACGGCGCUGUCGGAGAUCUCGGGCUGCCCCAUGCCCCAGCUCGACCCCCGUGUCCUGGAGGUCUACAGGGGCGUCAGGGAGGUGCUGUCCAAGUACAGGAGUGGGAAGCUCCCCAAGGCGUUCAAAAUCAUCCCUGCCUUGUCCAACUGGGAGCAGAUCCUCUACAUCACCGAGCCAGAGACGUGGACAGCGGCUGCCAUGUACCAGGCCACCAGGAUAUUUUCCUCCAACCUGAAGGAGAGGAUGGCCCAGAGGUUCUACAACCUGGUGCUGCUGCCGCGCGUCCGCGACGACAUCGCCGAGUACAAGCGGCUCAACUUCCACCUGUACAUGGCUCUGAAGAAGGCUCUGUUCAAGCCAGCAGCCUGGUUCAAGGGGAUCCUCAUCCCGCUGUGUGAGUCCGGCACCUGCACGCUCAGGGAGGCCAUCAUCAUCGGCAGCAUCCUCAGCAAGUGCUCCAUCCCCGUGCUGCACUCCAGCGCGGCGCUGCUGAAGCUGGCAGAGAUGCAGUACAGCGGUGCCAACAGCAUCUUCCUGCGCCUGCUCAUCGACAAGAAGUACGCGCUGCCGUUCCGCGUGCUGGACGCGCUGGUGUUCCACUUCCUGGCCUUCCGCGCGGAGCGGCGCCCGCUGCCCGUGCUGUGGCACCAGAGCCUGCUGGCCCUGGCCCAGCGCUACAAGGAGGACCUGGCCUCGGAGCAGAAGGAGGCUCUGCUGGAGCUGCUCAAGUUCCACAGCCACCCCCAGAUCUCGGCCGAGAUCCGCCGCGAGCUGAUGAACUCCGGCACCAGGGACGUGGAGGGGGAGCGGGCGCCGGCCAUGGAGUGAGCGGGGAAGGGCUGGGACGCAGCUGGGAGCCAUGGAGUGA